AUGGCUGAAUCGGGCAAGCAACAUCUUGUAACAGCAGUGACGGAGGAGAAAGGAACAACGUGCUGGGGAUGUGGAUUGGGGCUCCUCCUUCCAACACUCGGACCGGCUUUCAAGUGCGGAUGGUGUGGAGCCAUUACAAAUCAUAACCUAAAUAAAACCCAAAACCAAUGUCUUCUCUGGAGGCGCUUGCGUGAUCGUUGCUUUGUCUCUUUUCUUUUCAGUUUCAUGCUCUUUGUCAUAUGUGGCGGGGUAUGGGCAGCGUUUCCCAUUAUUUUCUUGGUAAGUUAUACCAGCGGGAUUGUUCAUUCUGUCAUAACGACAAUCUUGGCAUUGACGACUAUUUCCACCUUCGGUCUAUCGGCAUUCCAAUGCGCCGGCGCACCUCCGAUGAUAUUGUGGGGAAGCUAUACGGUUGUGGGGAAAGGUGAGCUUGAAAACUAUACCUUCUGCCAUUACUGUUCCAAGCCCAAAUCUCCGAGAGCACAUCACUGCCGUUCCUGUGGAAUGUGUAUAUUGGAUAUGGAUCAUCACUGUCCUUUUAUAGGGAACUGUGUAGGCGCAGCGAAUCAUCGGCACUUCAUAGCUUUUCUAAUUUCAGCUAUAUUCAGCACAAUUUACGUAACAGUGAUGUGUGCAUAUACGAGUUUCCUUAUAUGGCCGCCAUUGAGGUACAAACCGCCAGAACACUCGACCAUUUUCAGCACGGGUCUGAUGAUGUUGGCAAGCAGGGAAGGUUUUGUGGCAUUGUUAAGCUCAGCAAUGGAACUGCCGGUAAGAGGGUUGGUUUUAAUUUAUCUUUUCAUUGCCAGCAUAUCGGUGGAGAUAAGUUUAAGCGUACUGCUAUGGCAGCAACUGUGUUACAUAUACGAAGGGCGAACAUACCUCAGCCAUUUGAGUUCACGGGAAGGGGAUCAUGUGAAAGAAAAAGAUUGCCAGAAUCUAUUGCGCUUCUUCGGGUGUCGGUAUUCGAAGUUGAGAUUCUUGCCCACUCUGCGGAAUUCGCGAAAGAGACACAAGACGUGAACAUAUUUGUUGUUUCUGGGUGUGGUGUUAUUUCUUUUUUAAAUUUCAUUAAAAAUUGUAAUAUAGCAGGUAAUUUGGGAGUUUUGAACAAUGGAAUUUCAGUCGCCAAUUUUUGUUACGGGAGAUGCAGAGCAAGGUUUGAUUCCAUCGUAUUCUCCCAUGUAUUUUCCUAAGAAUCUG